UUCCCAGCAUCCACAUGGCAGCUCACAGCCAUCUAUAACUCCAACUCUAUGGAAUGCAAAACCCUAUUCUGGCUUCCUUGGGUACCAGGUCAUCGUUCCCUUCACUGAGUAGAAUGUGGAUCAAAUAUUCCUUACUUACCAGCAUGCGUCUUUGCAGAGUUUGAUGGGGCGCCGGGCGGAUGACAGCGGGAACAGUUGUGAUCACUGGCGGAAUCCUAGCUACAGUGAUCCUCCUCUGCAUCAUUGCUGUCCUGUGCUACUGUAGGCUCCAGUAUUACUGCUGCAAGAAGAACACAGAUGACGAGGAUGCUGAGGAGGAGGAGGAAGAGGAGGAACACAACCUUCCCAUCCAUCCCCGAGCCCCCACCUGCAAUGCCUGCAGUUCCCAAGUCCUGGACGGCAGAGGCAGCCUGGUACCUCUCACCAGCGAGCCCUGCAGCCAGCCGUGUGGGGUGGCCAGCCACUGCACCACUUGCUCCCCAUAUGGCUCCCCCUUUUACAUACGGACAGCUGACAUGGUGCCCAAUGGGGGUGGAGGUGAGAGGCUCUCCUUUGCCCCUACACAUUACAAAGAGGGGGGAACCCCUUCCCUCAAACUGGCAGCACCCCAGAGUUACCCGGUGACCUGGCCAAGUUCUGGGCAUGAGGCCUUCACUAAUCCAAGGGCUAUUAGUACAGAUGUGUAAUCCUUUCACCCCAAUUCGCACAUACCCAACACUGUCCCAGCAGGAGCAAUGGAGUGGAGGGGACCCUCCAGUAGCUCCACAGGGAACCAUAUCAGAUUCUCUGGCUUCCAU